AUGGCGUUGAGUGAAGACGCGGUUCUCCGCCUGCUGGUGUCCGCGGGCGGCCAGGCGACGAAAGCCGACGUGGUGGCUCAUUUCCGAGAGGCGCUGGACAGCGACGACCCGGAGGAGAAGCGUCGGAACCGAGCGCUGUUCAAGACCUUGGUCAACGACGUCGCCGUGGUGAAGGAGAUCGAAGGGCUCCGCUUCGUCGUGCUGAAGAAGAAGCUCCGACAUCUAGUGGAGACGGGCGGGGACAGUGGCGAGGAGCCGCCGCCGCCUCCCCCGGACUCACCUGGGCCAGCGGAACCGGACCCGCAGGCGAACAUGUCCCCGGUAGAACGGGCUCUCCUCAGGAGCACCGGGGACCUGAAGGUCAAGAGGAUGCUGAGUUUUGAGCUCCAGAAAGGAGCGACCAAGACCCCCAGAAAACGAGUGACCUUCUCUGAAGAUGAGUUGACCUGCAAGCCUCAUGGUCUCCCUCUGAGGACCCCGCCCGCGCUGACCCGGGUGGUAGAGAGCCCACAAGAGGAGAUCAGGAAACCCCAGAUGGAGGAGACUAAAGUAUCCUCGACGGUUCCGCUGGAUCAUCUGGAACACAAGUGGCUGGUCACCUGUGCGGCGGGUCAGUGGAACCAGGUCCUGGGCCUCCUGCUGACCGACCAGCAGCUGGCCGAGAAGCGGGACUUCAUAUCGGGGUUCACCGCCCUCCACUGGGUGGCCAAGUGCGGCAACAGCCAGAUGCUGGUGAAGAUCAUGGACCUGUCCAAGGAGGGCAGCGUGGACGUCAACGCCAAGGCCCACGGCGGCUACACGCCGCUGCACAUCGCGGCGCUGCACGACCAGAUGUACGUGCUGACUAUGCUGGUGCUGGAGUACGGCGCGGACGUCAGCAUCCGGGACAACUGCGGCAAGAGGGCGCACCACUACCUCCACAGAGGGGCGAUGCAGAGCGUCAGGGAGAUGCUGGGUGGACCCGCGCUGCGCCGACCUCAGACCCAAGUCCUGCCGCAGGAGAAGGAGGAGUUGGACCUGCUGCCGGAUCUGGCCAAGGGCUUCCAGUCCAUCAGCCGCCUCUUCCAACCGCACACGCCCGGCAACAGGAAGAAGCACAAGCAGAGGCCCGGCUUCUACUCCCUCAGCGACCAGUCCGAGGAGCCAGAGGAGCACGGCUUCCGACCCCGGGUCGGGUCAGACGUCUUCACGUGAGAGGGACACGCUCCACUGACAGACUUCCUGAAGAGCUGUACACAACACUCUGGGACGGUGGGAGGAAACCUGGACUUGUCCAGAGCCUGGCAGGGAGGAGGCCCCGGGGCAGACCCACACUCCAGGGCUUGGUUUCUCAGCUUUAUAUUCACCACUUUAUUUUGAAUUAUGAAUCAUAUCAUUGAUGUUUCUGUGACGGAACUUAGUAACGCUGAGAUUUAAAUGUAUAAUAACCGCUAAUAAACUGCUUAUUCACUGUUAUUCACAGUUUACUCAUAACAACUGAGACCUUAAUAAGAGAGUCAUAGUGGUGUAUGGCUUCUAAUAUGUGGACAAUAUUCACAUGAAUAAGCGGUUUAUUAGUGGAUAAUACUCGGGUCAAAUAUCCUGAGAUGUGACUCAGUAGUAGCCAGACCGAGGCCCCUCCAGGCCUCUAGAACAGUCAUUCCAGAGUCUUGCGUCUUGCUGACUCAGCACUAUGUGUUUGCUGUAAGAAUGUACUUCCUGAAGUCGAACAGCCGGAGCGUGAAGAUGCAACUGUCAAACUCGACUGCACAUGAGGGGGAAACAAGCGGGUUUGUUUUGGGGUGGAAAGCCUUCAGACGCGCCGCAGUCGUCGUCCCUCCCCCGCCGAGCUUCUGUUAGAGCCUCGGGUUCCCACAGUCGAGUCUCAUCAUGGCAUCUUCGGAACAGACUCACAGUGGAGACAAGGCCUCGAGAUGAAGUUCACUGUGACGCUUCAUCCCGAACUGAAUUG